AUGAUAGUUACUCUAGUCGCUGUAGUCGCGGGAUUCACAACGCUGUCUGUUUGCGAGGAAUUCAACGCCGUUCCUGGGUCCUUCAAUCUCUCUCAGUCGCCGCCUAAGACAGUACACGACAACACCUUGCCGCUUCAUUCCUUGGACUACUCUCCCGACAUCCUCGCAGACCAAGUCACAUGGGACAGAUUUGUGCUAAAGGGCGGGGCACUCGUGUGUGCCAUGAGAAAUUCGGACAAGCUCGCAGGGGAAUGGCUGAAUGAUGUCCGAGAUCCGCCUUCGGCAGCGAGCGUUUGGCAGGGCGACCUAAAGCCUGAGUUGAAGAAGUGGGGAUGGAACGACGUCAUGAGCAACAAAAUGCUCUGCUCCUUCGACAAUGAUGGGUUCUGGGAACUCGAGUCCACGUUCAGAGGUCUCGGCUUGAACCCGCAUCCGGUCUCAGAGGGAGGACAUAACGAGUGUUAUCGCAUUGAGCAUUGGCAACCGAACUUGAAGGAUGAUAAUGAUCGCAUGGUCCCACCCGCGGACCAGACAUACAAAGUUGGCGAGAAGAGGUAUCGUGCUACAGUUGGUCACUAUGGCUUUGCGAUGAACCGCAUUGAUGGCGCAAUUUUCGGUCAAGUCCUUGCCAGCCCUGCGCAUGAGGCCGCAGACCAUUGGAAGCGGAAGCCGGAGAGGUCAGAGCUGCCAGAGUUACGCUCGCUCUCCGACGUGCUCUGGGGAUUCUGGAACCGCGAGAACCCCAACAUCAAGAACAUCCGCUACUAUGGCGUCAACAUGGUCAUGAACGAAGAUACUAACAAGCUCAUUGCUAGAGCAUUGAGAAACAAAAAGAAGAAGCUUAGCCCGUGGCCUGGUAUUGCAUUCAGCACUGACACAGAUGAAGGGAAAGCUAUCCUUGGAUCUCCAGUUGGCGCGACCAUCGCCUAUUUUCUCACCCAGCACAAAGCCCAGCUUGGCUUCAAAGUCGUCACCAAGGUCACGAUCGUGUGUGACGAGGGAGAAGGGCCUAAUCCAGAUCCGCAUCUGUUCUUCCACAUAGAAGACUCCUUGCCUCCUGUGGUGAAGAAUCUGAGGCAUAAACACCGCCGAGGUGGGAUUGGAAGCUUGGAAGGACAGCAGGGCACGUUCGGUAUCAGUGAAGUCAGCAUUGGUGCGAAUCGCAAGAGCAUCGUACGAGUGCAUAAACUCAGCGCCUUCAUGUCACCGCUUGUAAUGGUCGGAAGCUGA